AUGGCGGCCGACUGCCCGGCCUUGCCGGCGGGGUUAGAGCGCAUCGCAGCGCACUUUGGCAUCCAUCCGCGUUGGAGCAUGCAUCUAGACAGGGCUAUGGGCGCCAAGUGCUACACGCUCUCAGCAAGGGCCCUGCAUAUCUCCUGGGGCGACACGCCCAACUACUGGCCAUGGAUCAACCUCGGUUCUGAUGAGACCAAAAGAAACAACAGCACGCUCCUGUCUCGAAACUUAGCAUACGCUGCUUACAUGGUGUUCAAGCUAGCAGACGACGGCUUCAACCAGCUAGACUUCCCGUUUCAGGAGGCAUCGAUAUCCAUAAGCGUCAGAGCGAGCAAUUCAACACGGCGAGUUCGCCUGGAGGGCUACAUGGAGGAGGAUGGGGAUGACGGGGUGCCUCAUAAGGAUGACGGCUGGAUGGAGGUGGAGCUAGGCGAGUUUUACAAUGAGGAAGGUGACGGUGGCAAGGUGUCCGCCAGCCUAAUGGAGACAAAAGGAGAAAUUUGGAAGAAUGGUCUUGUUUUGUGGGGCAUCGAAAUUAGAGCUAAGUCAUGA